AUGAUCGGUUUCCGCGCUGUAUAUGCGAUGAUUUUCUCAUACUCUUGUUACCACGCGGGACCUCUGAGAAAACCUUCGACCCAAAGAUCACUGCCUUACCAAAUGCCGGCCAGUAGGCAAACUUUCGCUCUACGCUCAGGAUCAUCGCCAUAUACCACCACCUCAUCGUCGCGCCACAUCCCGCCGCAAGUGAUAGUCAUUUCUGAUGAUGAAGACGGGGCCGCUACCGCGUCAUUAUUGGCAUCCAGUGCUAAACUUCGGGACGGGAGAGCAAACCCAAAGAAGAAAGGUCCUACUCCCUCGAAAGAUAUCAUAUUAGAGAUCGCAUCAGAUGACGAGGAAACUUGCGAUGCAAUGGGAGGUACCAGCGGGCAAGGCACAGAUCUUGAACAGACCGUAGCCACACUAGAAGAGGAAAACCGCACGUUAAGAACACAAGUAGAGGACAUGAAUCGCAACAUCGCAGGCGCUGUCAAUCAAGCUUUCGAACUGGAGGACACGGCUGCCAGAAUGCAAGAGGUCAUUCGGUAA